AAUUUAGCUGCUGGCGGUGGGAAUUUGACACUCACGGAGAACUGGAACCGGGAAGACUGACUUUAUGACUGCUUUGAAGACAAUGCAAUAAUCAGAUUGUUCUGAAGGAGGUGUUGGUUGCAGCAGGUGUUAGGCUACGUGGCCAUAAACACAGCCGCGCUUGUUACGCAGCCAAACGAACGUAACCGCAAAUGGGGAAGUGGCGCCGAGCAGGGAGACCGACGUCAAAUAGAGAUGACGUGAUGAUUGAUGCGUCUGCGUUGUUAAAUCGUGACUCGUGAAACCCUGCACAGAGAAGAUGAAUGUGAGGAAGGUGGUGAAGACAGUUCUUAGCGUGGAACAAGCAGAGGGAGUCGGCGCUCGGGUCCGGAGGAGCAUCGGCAGGAAGGAAUUGAGGAACUUGGAUCCUUUCCUGAUGUUGGAUGAGUUUAAAGUGUGCAAGCCGGCAGGUUUUCCAGACCAUCCUCACAGAGGGUUUGAGACGGUUACAUAUGUGUUGGCGGGAAUAACAGCGCACGAGGAUUUCUGCGGUCAUUCUGGACGUCUCAAACAUGGAGAUUUGCAAUGGAUGACAGCGGGACGGGGGGUGGUCCACGCUGAGAUGCCUGUGUCAGAGGAGCCAGUGGUGGGACUGCAGCUGUGGGUGAACCUCCGAAAAGAAGAAAAGAUGAUCGAACCAGCAUACCAGGAGCUUAAAAGCUCGGAGAUCCCCAAACCCAGCCAGGGAGGAGUUACAGUCGCUGUGAUAUCCGGAGAAGCCUUGGGAGCGAAGUCUAAGGUGUAUACAAGAACACCAACCUUGUACUUGGACUUCCAGCUGGAGACCGGGGCCACGCAUGUGCAGCCUGUCCCUUCUGGAUGGACUUCCUUCAUUUAUACUCUCUCAGGAACUAUUACCGUUGGCCCAGACCAGGAUCAGCAGCAGGUCGAGCCCCAUCACACUGUUGUGUUUGGAGAUGGGGAUUGUGUCAGAUUUGAGAACAAGGGCUCUGAAGUUUCUCAUUUUGUGCUGAUUGCUGGAGAACCAAUCAAUGAGCCUGUGGUACAACACGGUCCAUUUGUAAUGACCAGUCAGGAGGAGAUCAACCAGGCCAUCAUGGACUACCAGAAUGGCAGAAAUGGCUUUGAAAGGGCCAAAAACUGGAGGUCUAAAAUCAGAGAUUCUGCUUAAGCAGCACAGCUCUUUAUACGGGUUUCUUCUGUGAGAUGGUUUGUUAUCAUGUAUGUUAUAUAUAUAUAUAUAUAU